AUCAAAUCAAUCUAAAAAAUUCAACCCGAGCAAUCCAUUAGCUCGAGAAUUAUAUAGAGAAGAAUUUAUUCAACAUGCUUAGAACCAGUUCUGCCUUUAGAGGCAUUAGCAACAGAUCUGUUAGAAUUGCUCAAUUUGUCAGAAAUGCAUCUACCAAGGAACAUGAUGUUGUUGUCAUUGGUGGUGGUCCAGGUGGUUAUGUUGCCGCCAUCAAGGCCGCUCAAUUAGGUCUUGAUACCGCUUGUAUCGAAAAGAGAGGUAAGCUCGGUGGUACUUGUUUGAACGUUGGUUGUAUCCCAUCCAAGGCUCUUUUGAACAACACUCAUCUUUACCAUCAAAUCAAGCAUGACUCUGCUCACAGAGGUAUUGAAAUCUCUGGUGAUGUCACUGUUGAUGUUGCUAAGUUGCAAGCUGCUAAGGAUAAGGCUGUCGAUGGUCUUACUUCUGGUAUUGAAAUGCUUUUCAAGAAGAACAAGGUUACCUACUACAAGGGUGAAGGUUCAUUUAUCGAUGAACACAACUUGAAGGUUAAGGCUUUAGAAGGUGAAGAUUUCGAAGUUAAGGCCAAGGAUAUUAUCAUUGCCACCGGUUCUGAAGUUACUCCAUUCCCAGGUAUUGAAAUUGAUGAAGAAAGAAUCGUUUCCUCCACUGGUGCUCUUUCCUUGAAGGAAGUUCCAAAGCGUUUAGCCAUCAUUGGUGGUGGUAUCAUUGGUUUGGAAAUGGCCUCUGUCUACGCCAGAUUAGGAUCUGAAGUUACCAUUAUUGAAUUCCAAAAGGCCAUUGGUGCUUCUAUGGAUGGUGAAGUUGCCAAGAACAUUCAAAAGAUUUUGGGUAAGCAAGGUUUGAAGUUCAAGUUGGGAACUAAGGUUACCAAGGGUGUCAGAGAAGGUGAUGUUGUUAAGAUUGGUGUUGAAGACGUUAAGUCUGGUAAGACCGAAGAUUUGGAAGCUGACGUUUUGUUGGUUGCCAUUGGUAGAAGACCACACACUGACGGUCUUAACUUUGAAGCCGUUGGAUUGGAAAAGGACAACAAGGGUAGAUUAGUUAUUGACUCCGAAUACAGAACCAACAAGCAAAACAUUAGAGUUAUUGGUGACGUUACUUUCGGUGCCAUGCUUGCUCACAAGGCCGAAGAAGAAGGUAUUGCUGCUGCUGAAUACAUCAAGAAGGGUCACGGACAUGUCAACUACGGUAACAUUCCAUCUGUCAUGUACACCCACCCAGAAGUUGCUUGGGUUGGUGCCAAUGAAGAAGAAUUGAAGGCUGCUGGUAUAAAAUACAAGGUUGGUAAGUUCCCAUUCAUUGCCAACUCCAGAGCCAAGACCAACUUGGACACCGAUGGAUUUGUCAAGUUCCUUGCUGAUGCUGAAACUCAAAGAGUUUUGGGUGUACACAUCAUUGGUGCUAAUGCCGGUGAAAUGAUUGCUGAAGGUGGUUUGGCUUUGGAAUACGGUGCUUCUACUGAAGACAUUGCCAGAACCUGUCACGCUCACCCAACUUUGUCUGAAGCUUUCAAGGAAGCUGCUUUGGGAACCUUUGACAAGACCAUCAACUUUUAAAGUUUCUAGAUAGAUAGGGCAGAUAAUGAAGAAGAUACAUCAAUUUGAAAAUUAGAGAUUAGAGUAGAGUGAUAGGACA